CGCUCGCUCAAUCAUGACCAAAAAAGUACAUACAACACCAGGUAUUCGCUGGUCGUCACCGACCCAACUACUAAUCCGGCCCUCAUCCGCUUAUCUAUGGGAGAGCGGACGGGAUCCCGAGUUUUCCGAUGGGUAUGGUCGUAUGUGCUAGACCGAACGCAUUGUGAUAUACAAGAAGGCCAUGUAGAACUGCAGAGGAACAGUAGCCACCAGACUUGCAACAGCUUUCCAAAGUUUCCUCACUUCGCACAUCUGGUACCAAGAGCUUACGCCUACUCACCAUAUACGAAACUCCGCGCCAGCUUGAAAACAGUAAAUCUCUCGUAG